AUGCGCGACUCAACGACGAGCUAUACCAGCCCACAAAGCAAUACGAAGAGGACCAGGGAGAGCAUUCGAGAUGCAUUGGACAUCCACGUCCUGGGUGUCUGUAGUGGAAGUGGCCUGAUCCAGCUCGACUGUGCGUUGGUUCGGUAUCGACAGGCCUCUCCACGCGCCGCGCUCCGCCUGGAACUCGUUCAAUACGGCUCGGUACCUACUUCCUCCAUCGUCCGAAACCAGAUCCUUGCCUCUCUUCGCGAGGUCGAGUGCAACCCUACGGUGGUGGCCCACGUCAACACACUACUGGGGUGCAUGUUCUCCAAUGGGAUCAAGACAUUUUGCCACAACUAUGGUGUGCAGAUCGAUUCUAUAGACCUGAUCGGCACCCACAUGUCAGGUUUAAGACGGGUAGCUAUGCCCGAGUCAGACGACCUGAACAUGCACACAUUGGGAUGGAAUGUCGACGUCACCGCCAAUACGGGUGUCACCACUGUCUUCGAUUUCGCAGUCAUUGAGACUAGCUACGUUAAGCCCCACGUUUCUCCAGUGGCAUUUGUCAAUAGGAUAUUCUUGAGACACCCCUUCAAGUUCCGCGCCUGUCUCGCCAUCGGCGAGCUAGUGAAUUGCAGCUUCAUCCCUCCCUGGACCGACGGGAGUCCUUGGAAAACAUACUGGCGCGACUGUGGUCCUGGGAGCCUGUUAGUCAACUACGCUGUGAGGUAUUGUACUUCGAACAACUGUCACGAAGACAACAAUGGCAAGUUGGGGAUGCGCGGAAUGGUCAACCAGGCUGUAGUGAAACAGUUUCUCGCAUAUAACGACUACUCAACCAGUCUACCUUCUCCAAGAAUAGCUAGAGAGAUGUUUGGCGACCACGAAGCCCAACGACUGAUCGAUACGUGUCUCUCCCUGAAAUUAUCUAGGGCAGAUAUCAUCGCCACCAUCACACGCAUAACAGCCGAGAACAUGCUCAGACAGUACUGCAGAUUACUCGCGCUUGGCUUCUCUGAACACCAGACCGUAGAAGAACUCUUCAUCAGCGGCCCGAGUGCACGCAAUACCAACAUUAUCGACUACCUCGAAGCAGAGCUUCCCGAGAGCGUCAUCACAAAGCCUCUAGACGAUAUCGGCAUACCGGGCGAUGCGAAUGAGGCUUACUUGGAGUACCAAUACGCUCUUCUGUGGCUUUAUCGUGGCCCCCGAUACAAGUAG